AGGGCGGCUCCCAGCAUGCCCCGCGGCAGGGGUCGGCUCCCCCCCUUUGCACACGGCCCUGACCCCGCGCUGCCGCCGCGCAGGCGCAGAGCGCCCGUCUCGCCGUGUCCCUCCGCGCGCCGCUCCCGGGGCUUUCCCCGCUGCUUCCCCCGCUGCUUCCCCCGCUGCUUCCCGGGGCUUCCCGGGGCCUCUUCCCGGCUCUCCCGGCUCCUCCCGGCGGCGGGAGACGCAGGGAACGCGGGGAGAGCGGCGGCUGCGCGCCGGCGGAGCUUUGUGUUGUUCUUGGAAAGUUUCGCACCACUUGUGAAUUCCCUGAACCUUGGCCUUGCCAGCCCCCUUGUGUUGGGCCCUCCUCCUUUUCAGCUUGCCCAAAUUAAGACCCACUUGGCUCUCCAGCGCUUGGCUGCCAGCGGCGGGCGGGCGCCUCCCCACGCUGGCGUCCGCCAGGCAUUGCUGAAAGACGCAAUGUUUAGCCCCAGAGGAACCUUGCCCCCGAGGCCUAGAGGACCCAACCCGUCGGGCUCCAAGCCCCCGGGAGCGUUCGGGGCCGGAGGCGCGCCGGGGCCGCCCAGGAAAGCCGCGCCCGCCACGCCCCAGGGAGCGUCCCAGAGAUUGUCGGGGCAGGACGCGCUGCAGUGGACGGGGUCGCAGAGGAUCAACGUCCGCGUCACGCUGCACAGGGCCGAUCCCAGGAAGGUCAAGGAGAAGAGCAACCUGCACCAGGAGCAGAAGGGAGACCCACGUGUCACUCGCUGGGAUGGCGGCCCCAGCCCCGCCAGCGCCGCCGGGCCCAAACCGCCCGGCCCGGCACCGGUGGUGGAGCAGAAUUCCAACCCCCAGAACCGCUACACGCCCGAGAGCGCCUCCAGCAUUUUAGCGAGCUUCGGGCUGUCCAACGAAGACCUGGAGGAGCUGAGCCGCUACCCCGACGACCAGCUGACGCCCGAGAACAUGCCGCGGAUCCUGCGGGAGAUCCGCAUCCGGAAGAUGGGCCACGCCGUGCCCGCCCUGCACGCUCCCGGCCGGGGGGAGGAGGUGGCGGGUGAGAGCAGCGGCGCCGCUGUCAAGGGCAAAGUGAUCGACUACGGCCACGCCAGCAAGUACGGCUACACCGAGGACCCGCUGGAGAUCUGCCCCUACAACCCCGAGGCGCCGCCCGAGGAGCCGCUGGAGGCGCGCGUCUACAACCCCGAGACCUCGAGCGCGGAGAACCGGGAGGAGUUCCAGCGGGAGCAGAGCGUGCCGGUGGCCGUCCCGCCGCCCACCCCCGUGCCGUGCAACCCCGUGUUCCCGGCCGAAGACCUCAUCAAGCUGCCGGCCUUCCCCGCCGACUCCUCGCCCGCCCCGUCGUUUUUCCCGGCCGAGCCGCCGGCCAAGGUGCCGGUGCUGUGCAGCGCCGCGCCCGCCGUGCUGCCGGUGGUGAAGCCGGUGUCGCAGCCGCCCAUGCCGCCGGUGCUGCCGCCCUUGCUGCCGGCGCUGCUGCCCACGCCGCUGCCGCAGCCGCUGCUGCCCCCGGUGAUGCCGCCGCUGGUCCAGCCGCCCGUGUCCCAGCACGUGUUGCCGCCCUUGACGACGCCGCCCUUGUCGACGCCGCCCUUCUCGGCCGGGCUCCUGGCCGCCAUCACCCACCACGAGCAGAAGCAGCGCGACGGCCCCGGCGCCCAUCCCGGCGCCCAUCCCGGCGCCCAUCCUGGCUCUCAUCCGGGCUCCCAUCCCAGCUCCCAUCCCGGCGCUCAUCCCAGCUCCCAUCCCGGCUCUCAUCCCGGCGCUCAUCCCAGCUCCCAUCCCGGCGCCCAUCCCAGCGCCCAUCCCGGACCCGGCGCCGCCUCCACCGGCGGGGCCUCGGCGGGACACAAACCCUUCCACAAACCCUACCGGUCGUCGGCAGAGGAGCCCAUCAAAUCCCCGUUCGGGGUGGUGAAGGCGUCCUGGCUGCCCGUGUUCUCGGAUCCCCAGAAGAGCAAACGCCUGCCCACCCCGUCCAUGAUGAACGACUACUAUGCCACGUCGCCGCGAAUAUUCCCACAUUUGUGUUCUCUGUGUAACCUUGAAUGCACUCAAAUGAAGGAUUGGAUCCUGCAUCAGAACAACCCCACCCACCUCGAGAGCUGCCGCAGGCUGCGCCAACAAUAUCCCGAUUGGAAUCCUGAGGCUCACUCCUCCAACAGGAAUGCCGAGCGCAAGGAGAACCGCACGCCCAAGCACCGCUCCAGCUCCUCCAGCCCCAGCCGGCGCCGCUCGGGCCCGCCCCGCGGCUGCGGCGCUCCGGGGCCGCCGCCGCGCCGCUACCGCUCCCGCUCGCGCAGCCCGCCGCGCUUCCGGCGGCCGCGCAGCCGCAGCCCACGGCACCCGCGCCGGCCCAGCCCCCGGCACCGCUCCCGCUCCCCGCCGCGGCCCCGGCCCCCGCUGCGGGGCAGCCCCCGGCCCCGCCGCUCCUCCAGCGCCGAGCGCGCCGCGCGCCGCUCCAGCCGCUCCGAAGACAGGAAGGCAGCUCUGGAGGCCGUGAUGAAGACGCUGGGGCCCGGAUUUCUGGCCGAGUUCAAGAGGCACAAAUCCCUGCAGGCGGCGGUGCAGGAGUCGCUGGCGUCGGGCAGAUCCCACGGAAUUCCCAGCAGGACGAGCGGGAACGGCAGGAAAACGGUGAAGAGCGUUCCCAAGAGCUCCAGGAAGGAGGGAGAGGCUGGGGCAGGGCCCAGCUCCGGCCAGGAAUCCGAGGGGUCGAUCCCGAAAAAAGAGAGGGAAGAGGAGGAGGAGGAGUCCAGGAAAAGUCACCCCGCAUCCUACAACAGGCUGCUGCGGGAGGAGCUGCUGAGCUGCGGGACGGUGCUGCAGCUCUCGGAGCUGCCCGACGGCGGCUUCAGCGACCAGGACAUCAAACGGCUGGUGCAGCCCUUCGGCAAGGUCAGCGACAUCAUCGUGCUGCGCUCCCGCAACGAGGCGUACCUGGAGAUGAACUACAAGGAGGCCGUCAUGGCCGCCGUCAAGUUCGCCGAGAGCUCCCCCCUGGUGCUCAACGGGAAACGGAUCCGGAUCAGCGUGGCCGAGAGGGCGCAGGCCAAGAAGCCGGUGAAGAAACGAGUCCUGAACCCCAAAAAAACCCCCACGAGCACCAAGAAAACCCCGAGCAGCAGCACCAAGAGCCCCAAAGCCGUGACAGGGAAAAAGGAAAAAGUGAAGAAAGUCCCGGGAGAGAAGAAAGUGAAGAAAGCCCCGAGUGCAGAGGGAGGCGCUGAGGACCCGCAGGGCCCCGAGGCCGCGCCGGGAGCGGCAGAAGCGGAAUCGGAGCCCCCCAAUCCCGGGAAUUCCAAUCCUGAAAAUUCCAAUCCUGAGAAUUCCAAGCCCGGGAAUUCCAAACCCGGGAAUUCCGACCCUGAAGGAGCCGAGCCCGGAGCGGGGCCUGGAGACGCCGGGAAGGCUCCGGAGGAACCGCGGGAAUGCUGCGCCCCAGAGGAGCUGGCGGCAGGAGAGGAACCCGCGAAGCCCGACGGGAAGGACCCCGAGGAGCCGUGCGUGCUGCUGGUGUCCAACCUGCCUGACAGGGAGUGCGGCGAGGACGAGAUCGCUGGGCUGGCCAAGCCCUUCGGGGGCCUGCGCGACCUCCUCGUGCUCUCCUCCCACAAAAAGGCGUACCUGGAGAUCCCCAGGGCAGCUGCCGAGUCCAUGGUGAAGUUCUACAGCAGCUUCCCCAUUGCCCUGGAUGGGAACGAGCUCCAGAUCCAGCCCGAGCCCCGGCACAGCUCCCUGGAGGACGAGGAGGCGAUUUUCAUUGCUCUCAUCAAGGAUUCCGAUCCCAACGUGGACGCUGCCUCUCUCCGGGCCCACCUGGUGCACCUGGGGAACCUCCCUGCCGAGGGCUUCAGCGAGCUGGAGGUGGUGUGUGCCGGGCUGCGCUUCGGCAAGGUGGAGCACUACGCCGUGCUCAGCAACCGCCGCACGGCCAUCCUGCAGCUGGACAGCCCCAAAUCCGCUCGCUCCAUGCACACCUUCCUGCAGCAGUAUCCCUAUUCCAUGGGGGAGCACAUCCUCACCUGCUCCUUGUCCACCCAUGGAGACAGCCCUCAGGCUGAAACUGGGAAAAAGGAAGUGAAGAGAGAGGAUGGGAGCAGAGGAAGCUCCGGCUUGAAAAAAAUCCCAGAGGGAUCGGGAACGGUGCAAAAACCAGCUGGAAAUCCAUCAGGAGAGGCCAGGAAAGGCCAAAUUCCCACCCCAAAUGUCCCGGAGGAGAUUCCAGCGGGACAGCUGGGAGGAGGAGGAGCAGCGAGGGAACAGCCUGCAGGGAUGGAUGUGGAGGGGUCGGAUCCUGGAACUGGAAUUCCCGUGGAUCCUGCUGGCAGCAAAUUGCCCGGAGCGAGGUCAGAGGAGAAGCCGGCGCCGCUUCCUGGAGCGGGGAAGGAAGAAACUCGGGAUGAGCCAGGAUUGGAAAUCCAGAAGGGGGAUGAGGAGCCCUCUGCUGCCACCACGGAUUCAUCCAGCAAGGCGAUCCCAGCAGCCAGAGAAACGUCGGGAGCCAUCCCUGGAACGUCCCCGAGCUCGGACGAGGCUGCCGCGGUGUCACCGGGUGUCACCCAGCCCAGCACGGACCUGGCUGCUCCGGAAAAAACUCCCCUUCCCGAGGCUGGGAAAAGCAGCCAUGAAACGGGCAUGGAGAGGAAAGCUGUCCCCAAAACUGUGGAUGCUCCAGGGAAAAAAUUGGAUGUGGCUGGAGCACAGACGGAGGGGAAGGCAGAGGAAUCUGUGCUCAACAGCGGGGAAAAUCCGGGGAAGACUUUGGGCAAGGUUGGGACAGAGCUGGAGAAAACACCUGGAAAAACAUCAGCCAAGGGUGGGGAAAACUCUGGGAAUGCUGCUGGUGAGAUCCACGUGGGAAGUAAAGGGAUGGGAGCUGUGAAAUCUGACGAAAGCCGCGCGGCAGUUCCAGCAAAUCCCACUGCAUCCCUGAAGGAAUCUUGCCUUGGGAAAACCUUUUUGAAGGCAGUGGUGUCUGUCCCGGAUAUCCUGAAGCAGAAAAUUCCCUUCAGGAUCACUGAGCCUUCCCUGGGAAAAGCUGGGGAGCAGAAAAUCCCCCCCAUAGCGGGGCUGGAGAAGAAAACGCCACCCAAAGCCGCGGCUCAGCCGGGAGCUGGGAACAGCCAGGGGAAAGGGAAUGGGAAUUCCGGAGUGGAUGCACAGGGAGACAGCGGGAAGAGCUCAUCCCAGCUGGAAUCUUUGGCCAGUUCAAAGGAGGGUCAGCAGGGAGAGAGCGGAACAUCUGGCACAAGGGAAGAUCCCGGCGGGAAUCAGGCUCCUGGUGGGGGUGGUGCUGCAGCUCGGAAAAGCGGCGCCGGCAGCGCUGGAAAACAGAAGGAGGAUGAAGAGCUCUUCCCGUUCAACCUGGACGAGUUCGUCACGGUGGACGAGGUGCUGGAGGACGCCGAGUCUCCGGUGACGCUGCGGCGAAACCCCCCGAGGGGGAAGAGAAAAGAAGCUCCCAAAGCCAAUCCCUCGGAGCCGGCGUCCAAGAAGAGGAAAGGGAAGAGUUGCGGAGCCGAAGGUGAGCUGUCCUUUGUCACCUUGGAUGAGAUCGGGGAGGAGGAGGAGGCCCCGGUGCCGCUGCCGGGCGUCGACCCCCAGGGCCUGGUGGUGGUGGAUGAGGUGGUGGAAGAGGAGGAGCUGUCGGAAGCGGUGAAGGAUCCGCAGGCGCUGCUGACGCUGGACGAGCUCUCGGAGCAGGAGGAGCCGGGCUCCCACGGGAAUGGGCCCCGGGCGGAAUUUGAGGAGCGGGAUCUGAAGGCCGAGCCCUUGGUGACCGUGGAUGAGAUCGGGGAGGUGGAGGAGCUGCCCCUCAACGAGCCCGCGGAGCUGAGCGCCGCCGAGGAGGGGAAAACCAAUCCCGGGGAUUGCGCGGCCUCCCAAGUGCCCGACGAUCCCAACGGCUUGGUGACGGUGGAUGAGAUCCAGGAGGACAACGAGGACAAUCCUCUGGUGACUCUGGAUGAAGUUAACGAGGAUGAGGAUGAUUUCCUGGCCGACUUCAAUCACCUCAAAGAGGAACUAAACUUUGUUACAGUUGAUGAAGUCGGCGAUGAGGAAGAAGAAAGCACCUUCCCGGCGAAAAACCCGCCUGAGGAUGAAGAUGACGAAGAUAUUGUUGCUGUUGCAGGACCAGAAGAAAUGGGUAUUCUAGGAGAUACAAAUCCAGAGGAGGAAAUGUCUGAAAUUUCCAAGCCAAAAGCAGCUCAGCUGGGAGCGGAAGAUGCAGAACCAAAGUCUCAGCAGAAAAAAACGACUUUUCCAGGUGUCCCCAAGACGCAGAGCACGCCCAAAGCUCUGGAUAUCCUGGUCCCAAAGGCCGGAUUCUACUGCCAGAUCUGCUCCCUCUUCUACGCCGACGAGCCCUCCAUGAUCAACCACUGCAGGACGCCCCUGCACCGGCAGAACAUGGAGAAAUUCAUGGCCAAGCAGCAGGAUAACGACGGGGAGGAGCCGAGCUCCAGGUGAUGGAGCUUCCCAGGAGCGACGCUUCGGGGCCAGUUAGUUCUGUGUGUUUGGAUUUCCUUUGUUAUUUGGGGUCGGGAAGGAGCAUCCGUGGUGUAAAAAAUCGGAGCUGGGAACAGACUAAACCCAAACAAGGAGAGGGUUGGAUUUGUGUCUCCGAUCAUCCAACGUGGGACUGUUCCAGGUGUCCCCAGAAAUAAAUGUUCUCACUGUAUAGUUAC